GGUGAUUGGGAGGGUUGGGUAAGAGAGAGACCUGCCUUUCUUGGAAUCGUUAGGGGAUUUCUCUUCCCAUCUCAAUCUUCACACUCUGAUCCUCCUUGGAAGUGGUAGGUCUUUCGAGAGAGAGAGAGAGAGAGAGGGAGAGAGCUUUAAGAAUCUCUCCGUCUGCAAAAUUAAGGAAGAGAGGUGAGAAGAAAGAAGAAGAAGAAUAAAAGUUUAUAAUUAAUUAAAUAGAAAGGGAGAAAGCAAAGCAGGAAGAAGAAAGGGAUGGGUGUGGUCACGGCAGCUAUCGGUGAUGCAGUGUUAACUUUCAUGUGGGUGUUCUGUGCAUCCACACUUGGGAUCUCCACCUCGAUCAUCCAAAAGGCGCUGGGAUUCCAAAGCAUUGCGUCCGCCCUCGUCAUCACCACCUGCCUCAUUGCCUUUCUAGUCGUUGUCUUCACUUUGCUUGGCGACGCCAUGGGUGGCGCCAGCUUCAAUCCCACUGGCAAUGCUUCCUUCUACGCCGCCGGCAUGGGUGAUGACAACCUUAUCUCAAUGGCUUUGCGCUUCCCUGCUCAGGCAAUCGGGGCAGUGGGCGGUGCCUUGGCAAUUAUAGAAGUGAUGCCGCCGGAGUACAAACACAUGCUUGGUGGGCCUUCACUGAAAGUCGACUUGCACACUGGGGCCAUUGCCGAGGGGGUCUUAACCUUCAUUAUCAGUUUUGCAGUCUUAUGUAUAUUGUUCAAAGGUCCGAACAACCCACUUUUAAAGGCUUCGUUGCUUGCUACGUCAACGGUUGCACUGAUUGUUGCAGGAUCUGAUUACACUGGACCGUCUAUGAAUCCUGCCAAUGCCUUUGGUUGGGCUUAUGUGAACAACUGCCACAACACAUGGGAGCAGUUCUACGUUUACUGGAUUUGUCCUUUUGUUGGAGCAAUUCUGGCCUCUUGGGUCUACCGGGUUAUUUUCCCUUCUCCAGUCAAGCAGAAGAAAGCAUGAGAAGGCAAAAAGAGUACAUUAUUGUCAAUUCUGUGUCAAGUGCUUUUAUGCACUACCUGUUUCUCUGUUACUAUUUCCGCUGUUAGCCCUUAUCACCCUAUUUUCAGAGUGCCUUCAGUCUGGGACAGUUCAGAAACAAUUUUUCUAUCUUUUAGUUCUAUGGUUGCAUAAGUUCAUUACAUUGGUUUGGGAAGAUAUAUUGUCCUUUCAAACAAGUUUAUGGAAUUUGGUUCAUAAGAUUUUAGAGCUUUCUCUUCUUUCAA